AUGGAAACGUCAAAUAAGGACAAUGGUGAGUUACAAAAUCAUAUUUUUUGGAACAAAGCUCUCAUUGAUGCUGGUUUGGAACCGUCAUCGGCGGCACCACCACCGGGACAAUUCACGCAAUUUGCUCUGCUCAUUGCAAUACUCGUUUUCGUUGGUGCCAGCUGCUCACUAAUCGUAAUUGCCACCGUUUGCGUGCAAUUUUGUUAA